GGGGAAUAGAAUCUAUAGGAAAGUCUAUCUGUGCUGCUUUGAUAUUAGGUGAAUUCAUUAAAGCUGGCCUAUUCAUGAGUACUUUAAUUUCUUCUGCUCAUAUUUUACUCUGCUCUUGAAUCUCAGUGAUUUGCUUUCCUUCUUUGUCCUUGGCCGGUCUUUCUGGCUUGCUUUACUCCUCUAACGGUUUCUUCGUUACGUCAUAUGGUUGCAUCAUAUUUCGUUCUCCCCCGGCUUUUCCGAUUGUCGUUGCUAGGUUUCGACGCAUUCUGCCUGUUGUAUCUAAUGUUCUUCUUCACUUGCUUGAUUCUGUGUAUUCAGCUUGUGCCUUGACUUUCUCUGUUCUUGUUCGGAUGUUGGUAAUUGCCGGUUUCUUGUUCUUCCUUUCUUAAAUCUUGCCUAGGGUUGUCGAUAGAGAUACAUUCCUCACGAUUAUGCGUCUUACGAUCAAGAACUUUCUUAUUUAUUGAAGUCAGUGCUUCUUUGGUCCCUUUCCAGUUCUUCUCCAUAGUAGUUUCUUCUUUGGGUAGGUCUUGUAAGGCUUAGAACCUGUUGUUGAAAUUUCUAUCCCGAAUUCGCGGAGUUUGUCAGUAUAUACAAGGAAGGCUGUACUAAACAUUUACAAUGGUGUUUGUCCAGCUAUUCAGUGCAACUCUAGUUUCAGUUUCAUCUUCGUAACCAUCAAGUGGUAAUCCGGAUCUGUGUGAGCUCAUUUGCUGGUUCUCACAUCUUCUAUCGACCUUCUAAAUUUUCAGUGAUACGAGUAUGGUUGAUCUAAUUCUCUGUAGCGUGAUACGAUGUGACCCUUGUCUCCAUUUGUGUGCGUUUGACUGCGAAUGUUGUGCAUCCUAUAAUCGUUUUCUCGAAUGUACAUAGAUAUGCAAAUCUGCCAUCAUUCUCGUUCCUUUCUCUUAGUCAGUCCAUGUUGUCCCGUGAUAUUUCCAUAUCCAUUGUUGUGUAUUUUGACUUUGGCGUUUAGAUCUCCCACCAGGUCCUUUUCUGGACACUUCACUAUGAUCGACCAAACCAUCUCACGAAACUGAUCUUUAUAGUCAUCGUUGCUAUCAUUGAUGGGUGAGUAAUAUUGGAUAACAUUCCUUGUGAUUCCUUCCUUCUUUGUUUUGAAGGAUGCUUUGAUGUUCCUAGGUUCAUUAGAUUCUCAUCAAGGCGCUUUAUGUACCGUUUUAAAAAGCAUCAUAGCAACUUCCUGAGUGUGUGGAGUAUUUUAUUCUUCGCGACCAGAAUACAGCAGUACACCUCCCGAACCUAUCUUUUUCCGUACAGCUUAGGUCCGGUGUGUUUCACUUAUUUCAAGCAAUGCUAAACUGUAUCUCCUCAUUUCCGAAGCCAUUUUACCGGUUCUCUCAGCCUCCCACAUUGUCUGAACAUUCCGUGUACCUAUGAUAACUGUUUCUCUGGUUAUUAGAAGGAACAUCAGCUUUGCGACUUCCGAAAAAUCCCGGCUUUCACCAUGAAACGUCACUAUUCUUCUUCGAGAUUUUCUCAACCUCAUCUCUGCUUAACCGUCACUGAAAUUAUUACUACUACUGAUAUACAUACAUUAUCGUAAAAAAUCCUAAUGGUACGUGAAAUUGUUGAUAAUUAUAUGAAUUUUGGACAAGUAGCUGAAGAUAAUUCGUUGAACUUUAGUGCAUUUGUAAGACAUAUUCAAUGGCUAAUGCUUUCACAAGCAAUGAACCAAUUAUUUAUAUUCUUACAUCGUGGUUGAUGGUUCGUAAAACUGAAUUGCAGGUAUUAAGUCUUGAAUAAGUCAGAAACUGUCUUAUUCAAAGUAAAAUUAUUAUAAGUCGGUGAAAUCAAGAAAGCUAAUGUGAAACCGUAUGUAAUUUACCCCGUUUCAUAUCAAAUAUAUCAUCUUAGCACAUGCUUUUGUGUUCUUCAGGAGUAUUGAACAGUAUUGUAGUGACUGUGAUAAUAUGACGAGUCAGCGUAAAUAAAAAUGUGACCUCCACAGAAGAUCAUAUCGAUCUGAUAUCAUAUGUUAACAAAUGCAUAACGAUUUAAACGGUAUUUGAAUGCUUCGCUUUUCUUUGCAAGUAUAUUGCAGUUAUCUGACGGAUUUCUACACGUACACGAAAUCAGCAAUGCAGUGAAAACAAAUGUUGGCCAAACUGAAGCAGAACUAAUUUACGAUGCAGUGCUGAGACUCUCAUGAGAAUUCAUACAUCCUUAAUUCCCUUGAUUUAAUGUGGACGUAAACUCCUUGACUGGAAAUUUUGCAAAAGCGAAUAUUUCACUUGAGCCUGCUCUCACGUGAUGGCAAUCAACUAUUGUUUUCAUCGUAACAGACUUACGACAUAAUAAACGCUUUAUCGUUUAUAGAGACUCGUCAAUCCAACCCCUACGAACUGCCUACAAUUGACCCAAAGAUAUUCUUCAUCACAAAACCAGGUAGUGUAGCGCUGAUAAAAAAGGAACUAAUAGCAAAAUCAGCAUCAAACGUCGUAAACAAGCUUGAAUAGAAGGAAACCUAACAUUUAAUGGCAUUCCGACCCAGAAAUCGCUCAGCCAUCGUAACCAGUAGUUGGAGACUCUGGUUGACACUGCUCAGAAUCGAUCACAAGGGCGUAGAUGCAUGCACUCUUUGUCUUCCCUUAAACCAUGUGAUUGAAAUUGCUUUACACCUUUUUUUCUGUGGACUAAUUCCUUCUUCCUGUAUUAUAUCCUUAUACGCGAUCUUUCUCUAAAUACAUUACUAUCAUUGAAGUAACUACUUUAUGAAUUUGGUGUUCAUCGCGUUGUGCUAGUGAGGUGUCACAAGUUGGACCGAUGCAUAUAUGUGCCUGGUCGUACGCUAAAGAUGACUGACUUGAUAAGCAACAGGUGCACAUGCGAAUACGUUCGGUACAAUUGAGUACGCAGGGACGCCUUUAUGUACUUGACUUCAAACUACAUACUUAGUUAAGUGUUUUAAUUGUUCCCACUGAACUUCCUCAUUAAAAACUCCCCUAGAAUUAGUCAACAACUCCACAAUGUAAGUUAUAGAGUGCAAUAGUCUGAGCUACGGGACUUUCUACGCCAUUUCCAUAGGUUACCAUAGUUGUGUUAAGGCUUUCAGCCUUUCUCCGUAUCAUUACUAAUCCAUUAUUUUGUCUCAUUUACUACACAGCUAGUUAAUUUUAUUUGACCGUGCUAAUGUGUUGUAACAACUUGAACUAAAUUACGCUCGUGCUCAUGUGUACAUUGAUUAUGACUGACCAUGAAAAUAAACCAAGUUCCCUUUUAGAGAAAGCGGAUAAUAUUGCUGACGAAAGACAUGAUUAUCAGCGGUACCGAACAAUCCAAGUCACGCAUAAAACAAAAAAUAUGGAUUUAUUCUGUCAAAAUAAGUUCAUCCAAACUCCAGUCUUCAAAACUCCCAUCAGGAAGGAAACGUCGAAUAAUGAUAGGUAUCUUGUUAGCCCUUAAUUCCUUUUCAGCAAUUUUUAGAGGAUCUCGUUCACCAUCCAGUUCAACCAUAACGGGAGCAGACAUUGAUAGUUGCAGAGCUCGUGCACCUAAAACUCUAGCACGCUCAUACUUCGUAAGAUAUGGAGUAGUGAUCCGUUUACUUUUUUCUACUGGGGCAGCCAUAUUUUGACCUGAUAAGCGCGGCGCUUCAUCAGCUGUUAUGUACGUGACACCUUCUAUAAAAUAAUAUGCAAACGCUUAGUGACUGGUCUCUGUAAAAUCUCUAGAAAUGUAUAUUAUAUAACUAAUUUUAGUGUGUACUCAAUCUGUGCAGAGUAGUUUGAAGAUAUCACAUAAACUGCACUACUAAACAAAGAGUCUAAUAACCACGAGUACAUUGUGUAGGAAGUAAUUACGCUAUGUAGAUGUGAAGUGCAAGCCCGUUACACAUUAAAAAGUAAUCAGGGUUGCGGAGAAACAGUUUUUCCACAAUAUUGAUAGACUCAGAAAGACCUACCGAUGUUUAUAUAUUUACUUAAACACACACAAUGAGGCACCAAAUAAAUUGCUCAGUUCGUUUGACGGCUGCGAUAACGCCCGGGUGCCGAAACCGUAGCAGGUGGUUUCCUUGGGGGCCACACUUCGAGCUUUUGACUUAAAACUGUCAUACCCAAACUGGAGAUAGAAAAGCCCAUCAUCAUUUUCUUAUAAGCCUGCAAUCGACAAAGUAAUUCUAGGGUGAGAAUUGAUAAUUCCUUUCAACCUCACUGCCGACUUGAAACAAUAAACAGGUGGUUGUAUGUCAUAACUUUCCUUAAGAUAUUUUAUUAAAACGCGCAAAGUAUGUUAACAAAAAUUUCUGACCAAUCUUUCUACAACAGAUGAUCUCAGAGCAUAAUCCUAUUUAACGAAUCAAAGGAGGCCGAUAUAAAGAAUCUUAGUAACUAUUACAUUAUAAUAAGUGUCCCUAAGAAUUCGGUGAAAAGUGAGAACAUGAUCAAUACAAUCUAAACUAAGACCGGUGUGCUGCUCGCGAGUUUGUAUUUCAUGAGUUUCGCACAACCUAUUGAAUAUGAUGGUAGCCAAUAUUUUAAAGGGACUUGAAAGUACACUUGUACUCCAAUUAUUGUCGGACACUUUAAUGUAACCCAUUUUUAAAGAUGGAUAUGGGAAUCGCCUUGGUCCUAGGAUGAAUGAACACUGGUAUCGGAAGAUGAUGAAUGAUUCGGCCCGUUAUUUUGACUAGAAGUUCGCUUUUGUCGUUAAGUAGGGUAAUGUUAUCUAAUCCUGAUGAAUUGUAAUGCUUAAGGACCUCCGCUUAAUCGUGGGAAUAGACAAUGACGCACGAAGGUUUGAUCGACCAGUUUUACCGCGCUUGAGAAAUCUUUAAAGACUCCCAACUGGUGAGCUAUCAACUUUAUAGAUUUCUUUAUUGAGAUGUGUUUUAUAAUACCAGUCCGCUAAGAUAAGUCAAGACAGCUUCUAAAAGCUUUCAGAUGCAGUUAGUGCUUUAAAAUCGUUAGCACACUUCGACGUUUUGUCGUGCUUACGAUCCAUCAGAGUAAACUGAUAUGCUAUAAGUAAUCGAGAAGCCAGCGUAAAUAAAUGAGACGUUUUGUGAAGGCAUAAGUGAAUCUACUUACUAUUUACCUGGGAUACUGUUAAUGUAACCAUACCUCAUCUACACUUCAAAGCAAUUUAGCAACUAAGCUAAAGAUUAUAUUUUAUUGUGAUGGUGGGUGAAGCCAACUUCUCAACAACAAUCCGUUUAAGACGAUUUUUCUUAUAAUGCCUGUGAAUGCGGAGUUGUGAGAGAAGAAUUCUCACCUUUGGUCGUAUCAGAAUAUCUGAGGCGACUGAAGUACGUAGAGUGAGGUUCAAACCUGCUACCUAUAUGCUGAAAACCAAGCGGUCUUAAUACCAGAUCACCGUUUAUAUUCAGGUCCUAACCAUUGGGCUUUCUAUACCUGAAAUAAAUAACCAUCUUCAAGUAUUUUUGGAGUUAACUUAUCAGGUCCUGCUGCUCCUUUUCAUCACAAGUUAAAUAUAAUCUUUUUGACGUCACUAAAAAUCGCGAGAUUUGUGUCAAUCUCCCAUUGAAGUUACUAUAGGAUGGUGUUUUACUGGAGAAUAACUGGAUGUUAAUUAGUGUUUUCUUCAAAACGCCCCACCCAGUACUGUAGUUCCAUCCUUGUCAGAAAGAUUUAUGCCAACUAAUUUACAGCCUUUCUUUCUCUAAUGAAAAGAGAUAGAUGUCCAGUAACGGUUUCACACGCUGCCCCUGUCUUUUUAUUUCUCUUAUUUCCGUCUCUCGAAAUUCCUCACAAUCGAUGGGUAGACAUGACCCAAUGAUUUAUCAAUGAAACGUAGGACAACGACUUCUUUUAGCCUUUCUUAAAUAUUUGAUUUGAACCCAGGGACUGAAGUUCAACGUUUUAUCCAGUGAUUGUUGCCUCCACUUUUUCAAGGUAGUAAAUAAAAUUAGUUGAUUUAGAUUUCAGUCGCGACAGUUAUUUCAAAUAUAGUUUCGACGAAUGAUUUAUCCUAUUUCUGUCAAACCAUUCGUUCAAAUAUUGACGAACGUUCAUAUAGUUAUUUGGUUUGCGUUGUUGUAAAAUAUCAGUGUCAUGGAAUAGCUACUUCGUUACCAUCACAAUACAAUAUAUAGGAAUUAACAUAUCGCCCAUAAACGACUUAGUUUUUAGUUUUUUAAGACUUCCGAUUUUUUGUCUUCUAAGAUCAGCACUUGAAGAUUCUUUUUGACUGAACCAGUCAGUCGCAACGUGUAACCUUGUACGUAUGCACCUCGGUUCAAGUUGCCAUACCCCAUCAGCACAGAAAAAUAAAAAAUUGUCAAGCCAAAUCCCAGAAUAGUACAGGUAGUGGCAGUUUGUGUUAUUAGGAAAGAUGAGGCAUCGAAGAUACGAUUCGAGUAAAUAUAAAUUAGUAAAAUAAAAACAAAAAAUAGUUGAGUUUAGAAUCUCAGAAUUUGGAAGACGGAGGACGGAUGCAUCUGCGCCAUGGCAAACGAUUUUGAACCACGCUAUUCAAAGUCCCCAACCACGUAUUAACAUGGCACAGUUCAGUUAUCAGUGUCUUCAUGGUUUGGUCACCCUAACUUUCUUCCAGCCUGCUCCUACACUAGAAAACAUUGUCCAUCGAGGUAGGCGGGCAACGACAAUUACAAUAACAGUUCACCAUAAGCUCUGACUAGGUCAAUAGUGUUUGGAUAGAGAGCCUGUACAAGGUUAACGUGCUUCUUUGGUACUCCUUUCGAUGACAGACUCCCGUAGAACCUCACUGUCAACGGCGUCGGACGCCGCCUUAAGGUCAAGACAUACAACCAUAGUUGGACGUUAAAAAGUAUCUAUGUUCCAGGACCUGUCAAAAGGUGGAUAUUUAGUCUAUACAUCCUUAUCCAUAUCUGAAACCAGCCUGGUUUCCACGGGUUUGCUCUUCAAGAGAUCUGGUUAAAUGUUGAAAUAUUGUUGAGGCCAAUAUUUUAGACACCAUAUUAGUUAAACUGACUUCUCAGUGAUUGUCACAAGAUUACUGUUCUUUCUCAAAAACUAGGGCGACCAGCGAUUGAGACCAGUUGGGUGGGAUUACGUCCAUUUCCCAGAGUUUAGCCAAGGUCUCAGUCAAUCUAACUUCUGAAACUGGACCACCAUCCUAAAAACUCCCAGAGGUUAGUACCCCAGGCCCUACCUCUCUUCCUCACUUUAGGCUACGUAUAUCCUUUUCAACCUUAUUCAGAGUUGAAGGACAUACAUCAAUUUGCCAUUCAAGCUGUUUGGAGGUAGUGGGUAACUGAAUUGCGAUUGAGGGCCAGUUGAACUCUUCCAUAAAGUUUUUCGCCCAUCAGUUCAACCUCCUGGACCAAGUGUGAAUAAUCACAUCUUUUUACGAGAUAGUUUCACUAACAGCCGGAUUCGUAAUACCCGUUUACUUUAUAAGUCUGAAAAGUUGUCCACUGUUACUUAUCGCUGUCGUCUUUUCCAUCUAUUGAACUUUUGUUACUCGCUACUGCUCAUGAUCAUUUCGUUGGCUUUCCAUGUGCCUAUUCUUGAGCUGCCUCUCCU